AAUUCUACCAAACAGAGUUUGACAUCGGCUGUUUCUUGACUGGUCCUUCCACACAAAUUACGAAAUUCCCGAGCUUCGAGUCGAUGUCGUCCUUGCCGUAAAUCUGAAAUUUCUCGUCAUCAUUGUUUAGAGCAGAAUUAAAACACGAUCUGAUGUCUCGCGGUCAAGAUAUUCGGGGUAUUUUGCGCGGAUUUCAAAUCCUGGUGGACGCGUCGAGGAAGGAAAACGCUGCUAACUUGCAAAGGUUGUGGGCAAAUUCUAGUUUCAAGGAAGUCGUUGAGAGCAAUUUAGAAAGUACUAAAAAAUGCGUUAAUCAAGUGGCAUCGAAUCCAGGGAAGGAGUUUGAAAAUCUUCUGAAUUUAGUCAAAGAAAGUUACGAAAGGACUUCCGUAGUCGUUGAAGGAGUUAAACAGCUGUCGAAUGCCAAACUGAGGACGUCAGAUAAUCGGGGUGAAGUGAAAGCUCCUCCUGAGCAGGAGCCGCCUAGUCCAGGCAGUUUGGACCCUUCCAAUUUGGAUAUAUCUUCCAUAACACUCAAGGAACUCGAGCAACUCCUUUCCCAGCACAAUAAAAAUCGUAAAGUGAGUCUCAGACUGAAAGACACAAAGCAGAAACAAGUUGAGCCGGAAACAAGUGCCUCGGAACCUCCCUCCAACCCACAAAUCGCAAAGCAUGACGAAGACUCCGCCUCCAGAGACGAGUCUUACUACAAAGGAGUACUGGGUACCAUUUCAAAGUCUAGGGAAACGCCUGCCUCAUCUCCGCCCCCACCCGGGUCAGCUCAGCUUCCCAACUUAAGUGAGGUUGCCAAGCAAAGAAAGGUGCCAUCGUCCAGAAUUGGUCGAAUGGCAUCGUUCGGUUCCCUGUUCGCUGGGCUCGGACUAGGAACCGUAAGUGAGUUAACAAAGGGAGCAUUGGGUCUCGGUGGCGCGAAAGACAUGCGAGAGGCACUUUUGAGUCCAGCAAACGCGCAGCGUAUUGUCGACACUCUCUGUAAAGUGCGCGGAGCAGCGUUGAAACUAGGCCAGAUAUUGAGCAUUCAAGAUUCAAACAUAAUUUCCCCGGAAUUGGUGAAGGCAUUUGAGAGGGUUCGGCAGGCGGCGGACUACAUGCCCGACUGGCAAGUGGAGCGAGUCAUGGUGAACCAACUGGGGGCUGACUGGCGAAAAAAAUUCAAGGAAUUCGAUCAAAAACCGUUCGCGGCGGCUAGUAUAGGACAAGUCCAUCGCGCCGUGGCACUAGACGGGACCGAGCUCGCCAUUAAAAUCCAAUAUCCAGGCGUUGCAAAAAGCAUCGAAAGUGAUAUCGACAAUCUGAUAGGAAUGCUGAAAGUUUGGGAUGUGUUUCCCGCAGGAUUUUACAUCGACAACUUAGUUCAGGUAGCCAAGCGCGAAUUGAAUUGGGAAGUUGACUACUUACGCGAAGCCGAAUACACAGAGAAAUUCGGUGAAAUGAUUGCUAACAGUCCGGAGUACUAUGUCCCGAAAGUCCUUAAAGAUCUCUGCACAUCGAACGUCCUAACUACCGAACUAGUCCCCGGUUUGCCUUUAGACAAAUGUUUCGCUAUGAGCUACGACGACCGCAAAUUCAUCGGAACAUCAGUCCUGAAACUGUGCCUGCGUGAACUUUUCGAACUGCAGUGCAUGCAGACCGAUCCCAACUGGUCGAACUUCCUCUACGACAAAAACUCCCAGAAACUCAUGCUCAUCGACUUCGGCUCAACGCGGUUUUACACGCGCGACUUCAUCAAGAAAUAUCGCAAAGUGAUUGUUGCAGCUAUCAAUGAUGAUCGCCAGAAGGUUUUGGAUUAUUCAAGGGACAUCGGGUUUCUAACCGGAUACGAGUCAAAACAGAUGCAAGAUGCGCACGUUGACGCCGUUAUGAUUCUAGGGGAAAUGUUCUGCUAUCCAGGCGAGUUCGAUUUCGGCAAACAGAACACGACGAAACGGAUCGCCCACCUCGUGCCUACUAUGCUAGCGCAUCGACUACGCCCACCGCCUGAGGAGAUCUACUCAAUUCACCGUAAACUGUCGGGUGUAUUUCUGUUAUGUGCAAAAUUGGAUGUUAAGAUCGACUGUCGACCUUACUAUGAGGAGAUAAUUGCAGCUAACGAAAGCUAAAAUUAGGAGGACAAUGUUCGAUGCUUAGAGGCUGCUCGAAGAUUAGACGAUAAAAGCGCGACUGGAAUUGUAGAAUUGAGUUAUUUUUCUAUACCUUUAAGGUGGGUGUCUGCUAAGUCAUUUACAAAUGGAUUAACUUUUACAUGAUUCGGUGUAUUAGUAUUUGGAAGUAAACUGACAAGAAUAUUUGAUAUUUGGUAGA